AAAAAAAAUACAGUUCAUAUGCAUAGGGACAAAGAAUUUGAAAAACCAAUGCGUGGCAAGUUCGAGUGAAUUGAUUUUUGGGCUAAUAUCCCCCAUAAUAACUUUCGAUAUUUCCUCCCUCGGCCUCGGUUGUUGUGUUUUCUGUGAGUGUGAGAAGAGCGGUGCGGCGUUUGUGUUAAUGCAAACAUUCUCAGUCGGUUUUUAUUUGCAAAUCAACAGGGCGAAGUAAAGGAAAGUAGAAGCAGCAGCAGCGGCAUUUGACAGUAGCAGAUUAUUCAACAAGCUACGUCGUCUUACCUACUAACUACAUACAUCCCCAUACCCCCCGCCGAAAAAGUGAUUAGUCUGCGAUAAGUGGUGAGAGUUCAAGCCCCUCUUUCUGGGUUACAUACCAACCGACCAACCAACCUACCUAACUACCAACAAAAAGCCCAGUCUGCUAUUGGCUGGCUUUUGGAAGUGUGACACCUGCAUUGACUAAGGUCAAUUGGUUUUGUUUUUUAUCGUCUCGUGUAUUACGGUAUUCUGCCCUGCCGCCGCCACGGGAAGAACUAUGAGCAAUAACAACAACAUUGACACAUUGGCCAAUGAAUGGGAUGAACUCACUCGUGAGUUUGUGGACUUGGAGGAAUGCAACCGCAAAUACAUUGAGCUCUUGGAACAGCUACAUUCCCAUCAACACAAAUGCUUCAAUGAAAUCAAACAUCAACGAUAUCGUAUGAAUCAAAUCAGUGCGUCUCUAAAGCAAUUUAAAAACACUCAAUCAGAAGAAGAAAAACAAAAAGUUGCUGAAUUGCAGAAAAACACUCUGAAACGUAAAGCACAACUGUAUGAAAUAGAACAGUCAUUACCCGCAAAGUCUGGACGUUACCUGAGAAUUAUACUCGGCGAUGUCAAUGUCUCGAUUCUCAACAGAAACGACAAAGUACGUUACAAAGAUGACUAUGAGAAAUUCAAAUUGAUUCUCAAUGUGAUUGGUCUACUCUUGGCAUUUUUGAAUUUAAUAUUCAAUUAUAGGGCCCUGGAGUUGUCUUACAUAUUUUUGUUGGUGUGGUAUUAUUGCACAUUAACCAUUCGUGAAUCGAUAUUGAAAGUAAAUGGAUCACGUAUUAAAGGAUGGUGGCGGGCCCAUCACUUUAUAUCUACUGUGGCUGCUGGAGUCCUAUUGGUUUGGCCCCAAGGCGAACAUUGGCAAUUGUUCCGCAAUCAAUUUAUGUACUUCAAUGCCUACAUCAGUGUGGUCCAAUAUUUGCAAUUCGGCUAUCAAAAAGGUCUUUUGUAUCGUCUCAAAGCUUUGGGUGAACGUCACAACAUGGACAUAACCAUUGAGGGUUUUCAUUCAUGGAUGUGGAGAGGCUUAAGCUUUUUAUUGCCCUUCUUGUUUAUGGGUUAUGCCUUCCAGGCCUAUAAUGCUUAUACAUUGUAUGAAAUAUCCAAUUAUGUUCCAGGUGCGCCAUGGCAUGUUUCGGUUAUGAGCGGCUUAUUCUCUUUGUUGUUUAUUGGAAACAUAACCACCACAUUAUUGGUGGUACCCGAAAAGAUUCGUGAACGUGCCAAAGAACGCUAUCGUCUGUUGAGCAUGGGCAAAUCCAUGAAGCUGAGAAAACAAAUGAGAAAUAGCAUGAGUGAAUCGGAAAACUCCUCAACGCAUACCAGCCCAGCAUCUUCGCCAGUAACGGAGAAAGGUGACAAAAAAACACCAGGUUCUCCAGCAGAAAAGAAGUUGAAAUAGUUUUUAAAAGACAUUUCGAAAGAGAAAAGAAGGAAUUUUUGUAAAGAAUUUCUUUGCCAUAUUCCACACAUGAAGAGGAAUAUAAAGCGCAUAAAAGAAGAAAAAAAUUGAAAAA